CGUUGCCAAACCUGAAAUUCUAAAAAAAUUGACUCAAAACAAGCGAAAGCAAUCUCCUGGAAAUUACCCUUAGCUGCAAAGUCAGAGGCUAACACGGGACCAUGAAUUCUCCAGCUUAUAAAUCUCAGCUCAAACUUCGACUCGAACUAGAAUACAAACCCGGAUAGAAUAAGAAAUGGCUCACUACCAAAGUGUUUCAUUGAUCAUCCCCUUCCUUCUUGCUUAUUUGAUUCUCCCCAGUUUAGUCUACCUUUCGCACGCCGAUCCUCCUUACCAGCUCUGUUCGGAACCUGGGUAUUAUGCUGUCAACAGCACGUUCCAGAAUAAUUAUGACAAUCUCGUUGCGAAUUUGUCCUCGAAUGCUUCCCUCUCGAACUUCCAUAGUAGCUCUUAUGGCAAUAACACAUACAGAGUCUAUGGUCAGUACAUGUGUUUGAAUUAUGUUAGUAAUCAAGAUUGCCGAAAAUGCAUUGAUUUGGCCUCACAGGGCAUAUUGAGGCUCUGUCCUAAUGAUACCGAGGCGAUUGUCUGGGAGGAAUUCUGCCAGUUGCGGUACUCGGGACAGGAUUUCAUCGGCCAUUUGAACAUUACGGGUAACAUUUGGAAGGACAACGUGAUGAAUGUUUCGCAACCCGACCAGUUCAAAUUAGUUGUCAACACCAGUCUGCAGAAUCUCACGAAAGUUGCAGCUUUUGAUCCUUUGUCGGACAUGUAUGCAACCGGCGCAGUUGAGUUUAAAGAUGCAAGUGCAUCGAUGCUAUAUGCAUUGGUGCAGUGUGGAAGGGACAUAUCUGGAAGCGACUGCAACAUCUGUCUUCAACAAGCUAUAAAAGAUGUGUUGGCAAACUGUUCCUUCUCAGUUGGCGCGAGGAUUCUUAGCCGUAGCUGCUAUUUGAGAUAUGAGCAGUACGCGUUCUAUGAAGGCAAAACUGCGCCAGAGCCUAAUCAAACCACACAGGGAGGUAGCAGAAAGAAAGUGUGGUUGAUUGUGAUUCUUACGGUCAUAGCUGUCGGAUUAGCAGUGCUUCUCGUGGUGUCCUGCUUUUACUAUCUUCGAAUCCACAGAAGAGAGAGAAGAGCUAUCCAGCUUGGCGUGCUCCACAAUACAGGCUACGCUAGUGGUAGCACUAGUUUCAUGAACUGGGCUUUUCACAGAAUAUCACCAACCAGUCACAGAUAACAGCUCUUCUGUCAAUUGCUUAACUAUUUCAAAUAUUGAAGCAAGAUGAUAGGCCCAAGAAAGGAGAUAUCGGGACUUGGCAAGUUCACACGUCUUGAUUGGUUACUCCUGCAUUUGAAAAUUCCUGACAAUAGUCUGUU